UGUACCUGCAUUUGCAAUCGGGUUUUACGUAGGAAAAAAGAAACACAUUGUUUGUGACAGUAUUAAUGAGUGCCAAACAAAUUACAGUAUACAACUAACACCGUCUUAUUAUCUAUAUUAUCAUAUCAUAUUUACAAAAAUGUAUGCAAGUUUCAAACAUUGAAAUGAAUACUACAAGUGUGAACAGUUUUGAUCAUCAUAAAGGAGGGUUGCAUUGUAGCAAGGAUUCUCUCACUGAUGUUUUUGGAUGGUUUCUACAAGUCUUAUUGGCCUGUCUAGCUUUUACAUGCCUUAUAGCGAAACGUUUUUGUGAACCGAGAUCAGAAAGAAGGUCAUGGUUGAUUUGGUUUUAUGACACAUCCAAGCAGGGCAUGGGUGCCCUUGCUAUACAUUUAGCCAACGUAUGGUUGGCUGGUCAAUAUACUGGAGAUCCUUGUACCUGGUAUAUAAUUAAUUUUCUGCUGGAUUCAUCAUUGGGUUUAUUGAUCAUAUUCAUUGGGAUUCGAUUUUCUCAAUACUUGUCCAGGAAAAAAGGCUGGGAAUUGAUUAAUUUUGGAGAAUAUGGUAAGCCUCCGUCCAUGAAUGCUUGGUUAGCUCAAUGUUGCCUUUACGUUGGCUUAAUGGCCAUAGUUAAGACUAGCAUAACUUUAUUUAUGCAGCUAGACUUCUGGGAGGGUGUCAAGGAUUUUAUUUUGUCGCCAAUUAAUAAUCCAAAAAUUGAACUGGCUUUUGUAAUGCUCAUCAUUCCCUUUUUUGUAAAUAUUUUAAUGUUCUGGGUGACUGACAACUUUUUGAUGCAUCGCUCGAAACCUGUGAGAUUUAUAAAGAGGAACAACUUUGAAGACGGUUUACUGCAAAAAGUAAAAAUUCAGUACAGAUCGGUGAGCAAGAAGAACAGACGCAGGAAUUCGGAAAACGACAUCCUGUUGUCGGCUGAUGACGAUCUGUUGGAUUCCGAUGAGCCUUUCUAUCGCGGUGGCAACAAAUCCAUUAUAACUUAACAUUCAUUCACAAAGUGAUAUUUAUAUAUAGGAUUCUAAGUAAUAAUAUAUGUAAACCAAUUCAAACAAUACUUUUAAAUUGUGAUACCAAAUCUAAUCAAAAAUAACCAGAUUGCAUGUUCAACUAUAUAAUAAUGUUAUUUUCUUAUUUAUCAUCACGAAACUGUCGUCUGGUAUUCAUUGAUUAGUAUUAGUUUAUAGUUUAAAGACUUUGAUAUUUAUCUAUUUUACAAACGAAUGGAGCAAUUUGAUGCCAAUGAUGAAAGGAUUGUAUUUUUUUUUGCGUUUCUUUGACGAGAAUUAAUUUUAAGUGAAAUGAAGCCUAUAGUUACCUUGAAUGCCAAAAAUAUAAGUAUACGAUGCAGGGGUUGUUUCAAAUCAUCCAAUACUUAUAUUUUGUUUAAUGAAAUAUUAGCGUAUACGUGUAACGAACUUGGAAUAAACAUUAAUAUAGUUUAUUCGAAUUCUAAAAUUUAGUAAUAACUUCCUGAACCGGAUUGUUGUGGUGAUGGAAUCUGUUAUAAUUAUAUGAAAAAUGUCCGUGCCGUUUUAAGUUUUAAUAUCAUUAGUAAAAAUUAUUUCUACAAUUCGAGAAUUUAUUGUUGCAUUUUUUUAAUGGUGCAUUUGUUAUAAUGAUACAAGGAGAGUUUUGAUAUGUAUUAUAGU